AUGCUCGUCGCGGUCUCUGGCCUCCUGCCGCUGCCCAGCCCUCUGUCGGCUGAUACGACAAAUCUGCCUCAACUGCUUCUGCGCCGCGCCGCGCUGCCCUGCAUGAUGGUGGACGCGGCGACAAAGGCGCUCCUCCGACGCGAGCAGGACGAGGCCGUCGCCCGCCGCGCCGAGCGCGAGCGUGCGCUGCUGCAGCCGGGAACCGCACUCGUCGCAAAGAAGCAAAAGGGCGGACGGCAAAGCAGCGGCGCCGGCUUUGGAAGCGGCGCGGCUCCGGCGGGCAAGGCGGCGUCCAAGAAGAAGGGCGCAAAGAGGCCGCGGCAGAGCGCCAGUAAGGCGGAGCUGGCGCAGCGCGGCUCGGUGCUCGCCAAGGAGCUGCAGAGCUCUGGCGUCGUCCGGAUCGACGGCGCCCUCUCCGCCGCGACGGCGGACGCGCUGCGCGACUUUGUCGACGCGGAGCGGCUGCGGUGCGAGGAGGAGGUCGAGGCGGGAGGUCGGCCCUCGACCGACCGGUUCGCAAACCUGGUGCUGCUCUCGAACCGGUGCGACUUGCUGCUGCCUCUGCAGGGACCGCCACUCGACGCGAUGCAGGAGCGUGCCGCGCGCUCCUCUCGACCCCACCUCCCGACCCAGGGACGUGGUCUCCCGACCACAGUCUCCCGUCCGUCACCCCUCGUGUCGGCAAUGCUCGUGCAGGAGCUGCUCGGCGAGGCGUCCGCACUCGGGUCGCUGCUCGAGGAGGCCUCCUUCAACGAGCUCGCGUGCCUCAUCUCCGAGCCGGGCUCGAAGCAGCAGCCGCUCCACCCAGACACCCCCUACAGCCCCACCCCGCCGCUGUACGCCGCCUUUGUCGCGCUGCAGGAGACCCCACCACCACCACCACCACCACCACCACCACCGCCACCACCACCACCGCCGCCGCCGCCACCGCCACCACCACCACCACCACCCCGCAUGACGCGUCCCUGGCGUGCGGCCCGCAGGACGUGGACGCAGAGAUGGGCGGAGCACACCGCCUUCUACGGCGGCAACCUUCGAGGGUGGGAAGAGACACGGUGGGGCGGCGCACCGCCGACACAGGUGGGGCUGCCCACCAACGUCGUGGACGAGGAGUACAUCGCUUCGCGCCCCGUCAAGCUCGGCCUGCUCAAGAAGGGCGACGUGCGCGACACGCGCGUCAAGGGAGUCCAGGCGCGUGCCUCGAUCCGGCCCGCCCUGCUCGGCCAGCUCACUCUCGGCGCCGUGCGCGACGAGCUGCGCGAGCUCGCGGCCGGCGGCGAGGCGCGCAGGUUUGCUGCGCUGCACGCGGCAGACAUGCAGGCGCCCGAUGGCGACGCGCGCCACGAGGCCCUGAGCCAUGAGAGGGUAGCCGCUAUCUCCGCGAUGGACUCUGCUCGCAAGGCGCACGAGUGA